UAAACGCAUCUCUGCGUUUGAAAUACUUUAAAAACUUUUAAACUCAAUCGAAAUGAACGAAUUUAAGUGACAGUUUACAAUAUGGAGUUAUAAAUAUUUAAUUAUCAUUUUAAUCUGGUUUUAGUGACGUCACAGUUAAAGUUACGAAUAGUUUUGUGCAAAAUGAUGCUAUAAUCGAAACAGGAUUCGGUACGAAUUAUAUGUAGCUGACCACGAGAUGUCGCUGGCGGACGUGCGGUCAGCGCGCAGCUCCCCCGCGCCCGACGCCUGCCCGGAGUGCGACACCGGCGCCUCCGUCACAUCAGACUUGCAUAAGUAUCAAGUGGCAUGCACUUGUAAACCGGCAUCGGCGCAAUACGCAUGCGCGGACGAUCCCGGCCCGCCAGCCCCAGCCAAGACUGACACCCCACCAGCGCUGCCACCGCGACCCCCCACUAGCGUGCUCGCUGCCACCAAUCGAAGAAAUAAUGCGUCCGUGGGGUGUAACGGCAACGAGACGUCAUGCCGGCGGCGCAAGUACGCGUGGUGGUGCUGCGGGUGCGGCGCGCUGGCGGCGGCGCUGGGCGGGCUGCUGGCGGCGCAGCACAUCCUGCUGCGCGCCUACACCGCCUCGCCGCACCACCUGGAGACCGUGCCGGCCGCCGUGCCCGCCGCCAUGCUGGUCCUGACAGGAGUCUGUAUAAUGAGUCUCGCUCGACGAAGAAACCGAUACAGCUAUAUGGUAAGAAAAAUCAAAGUGGUCGGAGCGUGCUGUCUCGUGUGCGCGCUGACGUGUGUGCUGGUGACCAUCACAACGACCGUCAUACACAUGAACAAAUUGCAAACUCUUAAAUUCUGCGAGUACACCAAGUUGACGAGGACCUGUACGUGUUUCUCCAUGUCUCCAGAUGUUCAGCACAGUAGCUCUGACGAUGAUGGCGCGCGCUGCGUGUUCGAGGGCGUGUCGGACUGCGGCGUGGUGCACGGCGCGCUGUACUGGUGCCUGCGCGGCGUGUUCGCGCUCUCCGUCAGCGCCGUGCUCGUCUGCAUCUUCAGCUGCAUGCUCGCCUACCAGCUGCUCAGCCACGAACGAAAGAAGAUGUACUGGGAGCAGCUGGAAUUAAGAUGCAGGUCUCUGUAUCGACCUCCCAGUGGACAGCCAGCUGUUGCAGCUGGAAGACCUGUACAGAACUCCUGCAGCUGCUGCACGCAGUGUCACCCGACGCAGGCGGCCUGGGACUUCAGCCUGCAGCACAGGUUUUGGGCGCCCGGUCGCGUCGGCAACCUGUACUCUCCCACUCCUGGCUCCGGAGCUGGUCGCAAGGCGUCGCCAUGGAGCUGGCUGCCCUGGACACGUACGCAGCAAACGUCUCGCUGCAGAAUGAGUGGCGUCCCGCAGUCGGGGGACAGUGCGUACGGCUUCUGCGAGACCGAACAGAACCAGAACCCGGGACAGUCCUACGACGAACGCACCUACCCGAAUAAUUUCGAUCAAUUUCAACGAUCCCAGAAUCCGUCAAACUUCUCUCAGAACUCCACGAAUUUCCCUCCGAAUUCGGCAAACUUCCCUCAAACUUCCGUCAACUUUGUACAGAGUUCUGGAAACUUCUCCCAGAACGUAUCGAACUUCCAAGGCCCAUACCCGCAAGCGUCCAACUUCGUGCAGGGGACGAGUUUCCCACCGGGAGGUUUCCAGGAGGGCUUCGGAGAGGCGAGCGGCAGCUUCGACGCGCAGACCGGCGUGUGGGGUCCGCCGCCCCCCUACAGCCCGCAGGGGAGGACGGCCAGCAGACACCACCUCCACCACCAGGACCCCGCGGCGACCACGCUGCUGCACCACCACCACAUGGAGCACCGGAGCUCGAUGCCGCUGCACGAGCACUCGCUGCCGCUGCAGGCGCACUCGUGCUCCCGGAGCUACCUGCCCGGCGGCGAGCCGGCGCGGCCGAACCCGGAGCCGGGCCGGCCGGAGCCGGGCGAGCGGGCGCUCGAGCUGGAGCGGUUCAGCUCGCUGCGCGGGCAGCUCGAGGCGUACGGCUGCGCGAGGUCGCGGUCGAGGUCGCUGGCCGCCGGCGCCGCCUGCCGCCACCCGCAGCGAGGCGCCGCCGCACCAGGUGCCGCCGCCCGCUCGCUGAGCGGAGGGGAGUCCGGGCGCCCUCCCGUUCCCGUUUCAGAUCAGAGCGGCGACUCGUGUCCGAAGCGAGGGAAGGAGAACUUGGGCUUCCAAAACGACAAACAUUCGCCGAUGAGGUCGUCGCUGUCUGCGUGCGUGUCGCACCCCGCGGAGUCGGAGGUGUACUUCGCGGACGUGUCCAGCUGCUGUAACGCGGACUGCUGCGCCAACCCGCCGGUGUCGGCGCUGGUGGGCACGAUCGAGGCGCAGCCCGAGUCCACGUCGGAGUCCGACUCGGGCUCGCUCACGCCGAGCCGGCCGCCGCGCCCGCAGCCCCCGGGCUCCGCCAAGCGCCGGCCGCGCCCCGACAAGCUCGCCAAGCUCGACAAGCUGCGCCAGGACUUCGGCGGCUCGCUGCGCCUCACCGAGCAGCAGAUGGAGCACUUGAACGGCUCCAUGCGCAUCGAGCGGAUGAACGACUCCCGGGUCAGUGAGCGGAUCAACGAUUCCCGAGUCAGCGACCGGAUGAACGACUCCAGAGUCAGUGACCGGAUGAACGACUCUAGAGUCAGUGACCGGAUGAACGACUCUAGAGUAAGUGACCGGAUGACCGACUCCAGAUUCAGUGACCGGAUGAACGACUCGCGAGUCAGUGACCGGAUGACCGACUCACGAAUCAGCGAAAGAAUGAACGACACCAGAGUCAUCGAGCGAAUGAAUGACUCCAGGGUCAGCGACAGAAUGAACGAUUCCAGAUUCAGCGAGCGCAUGGCGGACAUCAGGAUGAGCGACAGGAUGAUCGAUUCCAGAGACCGGUUGAACGAGUCUCGAAUCGAUCGAACGAUUGAGUCGCGAGAGUCGAGAGAAUCGAGGGACAGGCUCAACGAGAGAGUCGAAAGAAUGACCGAAAGGGAUCGCCUCAACGACGCCGAUCGGAUGCCCGACCCGAGGCUGGACAGAACGACCGAAGCCCGAGAUCGGCCGAGCGAGCCUCGGGGCCCGAGCGAGAGGGAGCGCCCGAACGAGUGUCGGCUGGAGCGCCUCGGGGAGCGCGCGAGCGAGCGGCGCGGGCCGGCGCCGGCGCCCUGCCGCCCGCGCACGAGCCCGAAGCCCAAGGACUGCGCCCCCGCGCCGUCGCCGCUGUCGCCCGCCACCGAGGAGUCGCUCGUGUCGGACGAGGACGAGCGCCGGCCGGAGACCGUGUACUCCAACGAGCCGGAGCCGGAGCGCCUGGCGCCGGACUCGCAGUACGAGCCGGUCCGGGACGGCAAGGACGAGCUCGAGCUGAACCACCACCGCUGCUACAGCGACACCAACACCAUGGACUCCGGCUGGCAGAGCGGCUCCGAGCGGCAGGUCACGGACUGACCGCCGCGCGGCCGAAGAACGGCCUUCGUGAUUAUUCUGUUGCAAUCUAACCUCUUUUAUUUAUUUACGAGUCGAAUACAUUGCGAACACUUUACAUCUUUUCAAAACUCAGGAGUCGCUUAUCCACCGCAUGUCCGCGACAUACAAUUGUUUAUAUUGAUUGCCACAAAAUUAAAUCAAUUUCGGCCGCUAGUUACGAAUUUAUGCGUCGGUCCCGAAGUAUACAACUCUAACAGCAAGCGUAGAGCAGCAGGGCCAGGGUGCUAUCCGAGACACGAGAUAAACUCUGCCGACUUCUAGACUCAGUGUUGUUACUUAAUCUCGAGGAACGCAGGGUAUGUGGUACCCGACCACCGAGAAAGCCACCUAUUAUAAUUUGACUGAAACGGGACAGGUCCCUCGUUCAAUCUGUAAAGAAAACAAAAUUUUCUUUCAACAAUGAGUAAAGCAUGUGCCAAUUAACGAGUUUGUAAAAAUUACGACCAAAUUUAUAAUAAAGGAAUGUAUUCAUUCCUUUUAUGAAUUUCGAAUUGUAUAAUUUAAGAUUUUAUAACAAAAAUCGAUAUCUAAAUGUGAAAUCGAACGGAAUCAUUCGAUCGGAUCGAUAAUCGAUCGAGUUUAUAAUCAAUGAGUCAUCGAAAUAAUACUCUUAUUUAAUUAAGAUGUUUUAAUUUCACAACUUCUUGCCUUUGAAAAUUUUAAUAUUUUGUAAAUAUUCAUCUCUUAAACGUUUAGAGAUUUGCCGAGUUUGACAUCUGCUUUAAAAUAUUAUCGUUAUUGCAAAAGGUCGUAUGUAACACUGUUAAAAUAACUCAUACAAUCAUCCUCUUGGUGUGUUUUUUAUAAAUAGUAUGUUACGUUAGUUUUGACGUUAGUAUAGAAAUAUCAAAGAAUUAAAUUAAUUAAAUAAUUGAUAGAAAAGAACACAAAAUCGAUUUAAUAAUCGAAUCGUAAUCGUUGUCGAUAUCGACACGAUAAUCAUCGACAUCAAAAUCCAAGUCGAAAAUUGCGAUCAAAAAUUACUUAAUUCAACUAGGCUCUUAUAACGCUGAAUCGUUAUUUCCGAAUAUAGAUUCUAAUGAGAACAACCGACAAAAAACUGAUUUACUAGAUAUACAAUCAAAUUGACAUAUCCAGUUUAUAACUGUACAUACGACCUUUUACAUACAGAACAAAACCGAGUCAUUCUAUUGACAUCUCGAGUUCAAUAGUUUUAAAAACCACAGAUUAAUAGAGAAACUAGAAAUAUUCUUCCUUCGUCCGCAGCAGACUUGGCAUCAGCUCUGCGGAUCAAAAAUCUCUUGCCUUUACGUUCUCGCAACUAUUGACUUCCAAUAGAGCAAUAUUCUUUGUAAAUAUUAAUCUUUUAAGUAUUAGCGGUUUGUUAGACCCUCUAGAGAAAUCAGUUCGGAUAUAGAGAGCACAUUGGAUACAUCAGGGGUUCAAAACAAAUUCGAAUAACAUCAACAAGUUUUUUUUUUUAAAUUAAUUCGUAUCACCAACCUCCAUUUACGCGUGGUGAAAUAUUCUCCAACUCAUCUCACUCAAUUAUAAUCGAUAAUGUUCCAUGUUAUAUAUUUAAAUAGCAACAUUAUUUUUUUAUGCAUUGCAACACUGACUUUAUUUAAUCUGUAUUACUUUAAGUAUCAAUUUGUAUAUGAAUACUAAAGUUCCUUGAUUUGGCGCACAAAGUGAAUCUGAACUGGUUUAUGUUUUAAUAUUAGAUGUAUGAAUGAAAGCUGUACGCGAACUGGAAUUCAUUCUUAUUUAAUGUCCGCCCGUUGAGAGAACGCGUUCCUGUCAGAAGAAUAGUUACGUCAGAGGUUUCGCCCUAGAGUGGGGGAGGGGGGUUGUUCAAUAUUAUUACUCAGACUAUUGCUAACUGUUUAGUUAUAAUUUGGUAAAUCCACAAAAGUGUUACAGACUCUAUGCAGUUUAAAGCUUACAAUGAAUGGAUUUAUUUUAACUGAAACUAAAUUAUUUUUUAAUCACACAGAGCUGUUACAAGGUUAUGUCGUGACCAACUGACGGACGCAUUCUCUCAGCGAAAGGAUUUUAGUUGUAAAAAUUCUACCAUUACAUUUAUUUUAGAAAAAUUAAGUAAAUAUUUAAAAGUAAUUCUUCAAUUGGCAAUAUAUUUGCAAAGUAAUUAUUGUAUAGCAGUUUAAUUGUUGUAAAUUUUAAUAUUUUUCCUUGUUCAAUGCAAUCAAAACAACUCCCUUAGGUAUCUUGAAAACAUUUUCUCAGAAAGUAAUAAUUGCUAGGAAACUUUUUAUUCUUGUAUCUUUUCACGAACUUUUUUUGCUAUCGCUACCGACUACACAAGUUAAAUAUUGCAAUUGAAAUUUAAGCCAGUUCCACACAGAGAUCGAUCUGAAAAUUUGCGCACACUAUUGGUGCUUACAAGUAUAUAGUUAUUCAGCUCCAUGGAUUCAAGGAGGCCCCAGCUAAGUCAAGUCAAAUUCAAAAAUAGACUAUAAUGCAAAAGAAAACAUAACUUUACCAAA